AUGCCCGCUCAUCGAGUCUACAUCGAAACCCGAGCGGUUGACAGGAGCCCUCGAAACCCAAACCCAAGAAGUCCCCCCAGCCCUCGCCAUCGGCCCCGAACCCGAAGCGAAGAGCGCAUCUACGUCUACCGGGACAAUCUAUCAACAGAAAACAUCACCAACACAAUGACCGACCACGACCGCGUCCUCCGGGAGGCCUACGACGAAGCCUACCGUCAGAACCAGACCCUCCGCAACAAGCUUGCCGAAAGAGACCACAAGCUUGCGGAAAAGGACCUCGAUCUCGCAGAGAAGGACGGCCGUAUCAACCAACUCCAGGCUCAGAACCUUAACCUCCGACAAACACUCGACAGUCUGUCCGACGUUGAGGGCCGCCAGGACGACCUCAUCCAUGAUCUCAAACGGAAGACCUCCAAGCUCAGGAAAGACAAGGACGAUCUCAAAGCCGAAAACCGCGAGCUGCGCCACGAAAGCGAGGGAAAGAUGAGGCACAUGGCUGAUCAGAUCAAUGCGCUCAAGCAGGAGAUGGCGAAUUGGCGGUUACAGUGCGAGUCGGAAAAGCGGAAGAACAUCGAUCUCGAGCGUCGUUGCGGGAGGUUGCGGGAGAAUCUGGAUCUUCACAGGGGCCAGAGCGAGACGUUCAGGACACAGAGCGAGAGUCUGAGGGCGGAGAACGACCAGCUUCGUGAGAUUAUUGAUUUGGCGCAGCCGUUGAGGGUUUUCCGCCAUUGA